AUGCCAGCUUCACGGCCCACAGGCACCGAGCCCCGGCUCCCAGCUCCUCUCGGGGGCCCGCACAAGCUGUUCGAUGGCUCCUUCGUCAUUGAGUUCCUGCAGAUACCCGCUGACUUAGACGCUACGGUCUUGAUGCGCGCCACUUACCUCGGCGGCCACGAGUUGACCACCUUGGGCAAAAAACAUCCUCAAGCACCUCCGUUGCACAUCCACUUCUACCAAGCCGAGUCCUUCAUCGUAGAAUCCGGCGCUGCAGGCACUACCACCACAUACGAAACCAUCGACACCAUUCAUACCACGGACGGAGCCUACACGCAGACUGCCGGCCGUGCGACCGCGGUGCCUACUCGCUCACCAGCGGGAGUCACAGUCAUUCCACCAUACGUCCCCCACACGUUCUGGCCGUCAGUCGCUGGCCCCCGUACUUCCCUGCCCCGAGAAAAAACUAAUGCGAAGCACAGUGUAUCACCCGAGCACCCUUUCUGGGCCACCACGGCAGGCCAGGACUACGAGCGCACCCUCCCGUCUGGCCGACACACCGACACCACAUUGUUGAUCUGGGGUCAUCCAAAGACCAACACCGGCCCGCCCACAGGCACCCUUACCAGCGACUUUCCCCCCGACAUGGACGCCGCGUUCUUCCUGGCCCUGCUUUCAGUCGUCGACGCGGUGCACGGGCAACGGCUCUCGAUGAGCCCCAGUGUAGGAGCAGCGCUGAUGACCACGCAGACGGCCAGCGGGGCCGCCAUGAUCCUGGCGCCCCGGGCGUGGUGGCUGGGCCCAUUGCGCUGGGCGAUUCCGUGGGCCCUGCAAGUGGCGCUGGAGUGGACGAGGAAACUCGUGGAUCGGCGAAGUGUAGUGCACUUGGUGGAAGAGGCCAUCGCGCGGGAAGUCGUGCGGAAGCGGUAG